AGAGACCACCGCGCUCCCGUCCGUUCGUGCGCGGUGGAUGUGGGGAGAGCUCGCCGCGAUGGCAGCUGGACUGACGCAGAGCUACCUGGCCAGCUGCCCGCGGUGCCCCGAGCACCACUGCCCCGACUGCAAUUGUGGUCGGUGUCCUUCGAUCCCCGCCUGCCCAGCGUGCCUGGGCGCGCCGGCAACGCCGGCCGCGGCGCCGGAGGUGCAGCUCGAGGUUGGGCUGCCGUGGAGCUGGGGCGUGGCGCUGCUGGCCAUCGGCUGCCUGGCCGGCGCCUGCGGCGCGGAGAGCGUGGCGACGGUGUGGCGCACCUGUGAGUGCCGCCGCCGUCGGGAUGGCGAUGCCGGCGGCGAUGAGCCAGCCACAGGCAGCGAGCUGCGCCUGGGUGUACGUGCUCUACAAUGGGGAGGGCGAGCUGUGGCACCAGAGGCGGCGCGUCGCGAGCUGAAGGGUGUCUUGGGCGACUAACCACAUCCUCGCGCCGGAUGGCGAUUGCUAUUCGGAGAAGUACGACCUGGAGGAGGCCCACAUCUCAGCGGUGAGAUCUGCUGAGGCGCGGUGGCCGCCGGGCCCGAGGGAAUGUGUAUCGAUUUCGGGCCGCCCCCACGCAGCAGGAACUGGAUGACGCGUUCGACCAGGCUGAGGCGAUGGAGAGGGCGGAGCGCCGCGCUCGAGAGGCGGCUGCAGGAAGGGACCCAGCGGUGAUACCGCCAGGGGGGUGCGUCGAACGACUGCCGUAACCCGGUAGGGUCUUUAGAAAAGGGCCCCCCCCCCCCUGGUUCUCUCUCCGGGGAAUAAAACUCCGCGCCCCCCCGUCCUCCC